AUGGCAUGGUCGAUGAGUCAAAUAAUUUCGUCAGACUCAUUCGUGACUACGUAAGUUCGCGACGCCACCGAGUGUUGUUCCAUACGAGAUAGCCGUCAGGGGGCGCCACCAAAGCGAACCGUUUCUUCGGCCGAGUAGAACAUCUAUAUAAUAACAAUAUUAUGUGUCCUUAAUCUCUAGCCGUCGCAGGUGCGGCUCCUAUAUAAUAUUAUACGUUCGUCGUUUAUUACGCGUAACGGGCUUAUUAGCACCUGACGCUCAUGAUUUGACCGUAUCAUUGCUGCGCGCAAUUCGGUUGCGAUUACCGGACACCCGCGUGCGUAUCCCGCAGGUGAAAAUUAAUAUUAGAUACCCGACUGUAAAACCACGACGGCGAUGCGGUAGCCGAGUAAUCGUAGAGCAAGUCUGCGGCCGUGGUGUGGCGAGAUCUUUCGUGUUAAAAUCGUGACAAACGACCGAUUAUCAUCGUUAUUAUUAUUAUUGCUACAAGGGACAAAUCGUUUCACUUUCGCCCCCAACCGAAAUUUGGCGACCGCGGCUUUUGUUUUCCGGGCCGCGGGUGGCGGAGAGAAAGUGCGUUUUUAUUGCAGACAAAUUAUUUACACAAUGAACGUCCUUUUGUCACACAAACACACGAUGCACGUUCGCUUUCUACAAGCGUAGGUAUAAACCGACGAUAAACACGAAUAAAAUGUGAUAUCCUUCUAUGUAUACCACACCACAUGGCACAUAUUUAUACAUAUAUAUGUACACACAAGUAGCAGUUAGUAAAACAGUAUAACAAUAUAGGCUGCAAUAAAUCUUUGCAAUAUCAUUGUUGUUGUUUGAUUUAGAAAUGUGUCCGGCCUUAAGUUGUCCACCUUUCUAAAAAUGUAUUUUACCAUAGCUCCAUAGGCGCAAAUAGUCUAAAUAUUUUGGGGCGAGAGCCUAACAUCCCGUAAUAUUGAUUAAUAUAGGUACCUAUAUUUAUUAUUUGCUCGAUAAGAACUUGAUUUGGAGGGGCUAAUCCCACCUGAUCCCUCCCCUAUACGGGUCAAUGUAUGUCUCCAUAAAGGAUAGCUUAUUAUCCUUAACAGCACGUUGGAACAUUAGAAGUGACGUUUUUUUGAUAUAGGUACCAAAAUGCAUAUCAAAAAUUGAUCUACCAAACGCAUUAGUCCCCUAAUACCCUAUCAAUGCAUCAAUUUAGAAAAAAUUUAAUACCGUAAAUAUUGAUAUGAUGUUAAUAAUCGAAGCAUUAUUUGUAUUAAAAAAAUAUUGUGAAAAUAAUAAAAUUCGUGAACGCUUAAUGGGUAGCUAGCUAACUAAUAAUAAUAUUUCAAUUUUUCAAUUUAUGAAAUACUAUAAAUUAUUAUAUUUCUUUAAUAUAUAUAUAUAUAUCUUUGAAGUGACGUAGGUAAAAUGAACGUUACUUUGAAAACGCUAUUGAAGUCUUACUAAUAUAAUAAUUAUACAGACGAGUGCAUCGGUUUAGAAGUUAAAUAUUAUCGUCAUCGUUCUCACACACCGGUUUAAUUUUUUGUUCUCAAAAAUUCGACGCCGUGAAAUUUGCAGCGGUCGCGACGUCGUGUGGUUUCGAUAAUAAACGGAUCGUUACCAACGCGGUGGCGGAAGAAUACGGUUGUUGUUUUUUUUAAUGACAAAAAAAACGACCAGCUGCGGACUAUACUGUGAAAAAAAAAAAUAUCUCGCGUUUAAUUCACCAAUAAAACACUGAUCACCCGAAGUGGUAUUGCCCGAAGCAGUAUAUAUUAUAUUAUACUGACGCUGUUGCUGCUGUUAUACUGCAAUCUAUUGUUUAUUUCUUUCUUUCACAAUCAGUUUCGUUUGGAGUUUUGUGCCGGAAAAAAAACGUUCUCGUGUCGUGAUUUUUCCACAAUUUCGGCAUAAAAAAAAGACCCCGCGGAGACACCACCCUCCGGUAAUGCGGUGUAAAACUACGCGGGGCCAAACGGCGCGAAAUAAAAUAAAGAGAUUUGCGCACGUCUGAUUGAUCCGAAUCGCGCGCGCAUAUUAUUUUAUCGGUCCGAGAACGGGAUGCGUGAUAUUAUUAUAUACGGCGGCGAGGGGUUUUUUUUCUCGCUCGCUCUCUCUCUCUCUCUCUCUCUCUCUCUCCCUCUCCCCCUCGCUCUAGACUCGAUUUCCGUAAUACUUAAACAAUAAUAUACUCGGCCCCGGGGCAGUGGACGUAACACGCGAAAAGUAUAAUAUACGCGCGUAUAUAACAGCGUGAUCGUCGACCCCCUACAAAUUGCGCGUCGGGCCCGCAACACGCUGUAUACAUCCACGUGCAUUUAGUAGGUAUAUACGAAAACAACUGCACAAUAAUAACAAUACCAUACAAACACAAUAAUUACUUUCACUUUGUCGCACGCGGUUCUUCUACCCGCAUUUUCACGGUUUGGUCACAGCAGCCAUAGCAGCCGUACGAGCGUGUGCUCCGCACUUGAUAGAACAAUUUUUGCUGUAUUCGUAACGUUUCGCGGGAUUUUAAUAAUCCGAAAAUACGGACGCGCCACAUGUCGACCGCCGGAUCCGCUUCCGUCGCGGGCUAUAAUAAUAAUAAUAAUAAUAAUAAUAACAGUAAUAAUAUUAUAGCCGAUGGCCAUUAAAGUGUGUCGGGCGCGCGCAACGAAGAUUAACCGAAUCAACGACGUCGACACCGCGCACAAAGACCCGCGGUAAAACGGCGGUCGCCACGCUCAUCUACGGCAGCCGCGGCCGAAACACAUUCGGUACGUACCGCGUCCGUAAUAAAAUUACAUAAAUUCAAUGCUGAUGAUGAUGAUAACAAUAAUAAUAAUAGCGCAUCCCUUUACCGUACACACCCCGAAAACGACGACGACGACGUCAACUUGGGUGGCCGGCAAAAAGUCAUCAUGAUGCCCCGCAUAUAACAAUGUAUUAUGUAUACAGUUUCGUAUUAUAAUGUUUGACGCGUGACGUAUAUAUCCGUGCGUAAUCACGUGUUCUUGUAUCGCAAUAAUGAUAUUUUAUACUUUCAAUCGAAAAUUUAAAUAAACAAACAAAAAAAAAGGCCAUAAUAUUUUUACUAAUACCUACAUUUCGUACGUUUUCCCGUUUUUCCUCAGUUUUUUCGCGGUUUUUCCCAUUUAUUGGCAAAACUCCUAAAAAAAAUCCAAAAAAACGGCCUCCUUAAAGUACCUCCCCGGUCCGAUUAACUUUCAGAAAAGGUGCUAUUAAAAUAAAAUAAAUCGAAUAAAUAAAAUCGGUGCAAAAUUGCUGGUAGAAAAGUUGUUCAUCAAAAAAAAAAAUACAAACACCAGUGUAAAACCAUGAAGUUUUUUCGUUCCACUCAGAAUCUAAAACAAUUACAUUUUUGUACAAUGUACAAACGAUUUACUAUUACAUGAAAAUAAUUCUCUUCCGUUCGAUACAUUAUAAUAUUACGAAACGUAAUAAUACUCGUAUCAUAUUCUAUUUAAAACGAAUUAUCGCAGGUUAUAUUCGCUUUGCGUUAACAAUAAACGACGACGGAGAACGAUUUCAUAUCGGCAAAAUAUUUUUGAUUAUAAUAUAAUACACAAUGGCCAAAUACCAUUUCAAACUAUACGAUGUAGUUGUCGAAAAAAAAACAUUUUAAAUUGCUUGAAAUAACUUCACCAAUUAAUUACGACAAUAUUAAUUACGUUUUUUACGCGAUAAAUGCGGCCAUAAAAAUGAUAAUAUGUUUAUAGAUUUAAUCUUUUUUUUUUUUUUACUGCUCACGGUAAUAAUAUUAUUACACGAUACGGACAAAAUUAAGCAUCAACAAAACUUUUUAAAAACUCUUGAUAAACAUAUAACAUUUAAAAAAACCGAUAAAACUUUUCACCGUGGGUACUAGGUAGAGUACUGUUUGUAGAUGGAAAACUUCGAAGGUACAGAAUACAGAGCAAUUUAGUGUACCUACAUACUGAAAACAACGAUAAAUCAUUGCAAGUCAUUAUUAGUCGUGACUUUUUCCCUUGUGCCAAUGUAACCCGAUAAUUAACAAAAAUUAAACUUAUAGAUCUUCAUUUAGUCUUCAGUUUUUUUUUUUUUUUUUAUUGAAAACUGUCAAAAACAUAGAAAAUCUUAUCAAACGAAGUAUUACCGGGCGUAAAACACUAGAUGGAAAUAUAUUAUGGUACAGUAUGAACAACUCGGAGCAUUUUUAUUAACGGACAAAUAUUUUCUGAAAAAAAAAACUUGAUAAAAAUGAUAAAAUGGUGUGUGGAUUGUUGAGAAUUUCAAAAUAUGUUUCGAAUAAGGGACUGUCGAUCGAAAAAUUCGCAUUCUUUUAAGAUGUUGCGUGAGAAAGUCUGAGCAUUUUACUCAUCAAACAAAUGUUUUGGUAAUGCGACUUUCGAAAAAACGAAACACGUCUUAGUCAAAUCAUUAGCUACACAAAAUCGAAUGUGAAUCUCUACCCGUUUUAACGUCUCUUUUCGUCGAAUUGUUUUUCGUUGCACCGCCGACUGUGGAAUAUAUUGUGUAUUAUAAUAUAGUACACAUAAGUAUGUAUAUAAAAAAAUCAUACAUAAUGAAUAAUGAAUAAUGAUAAUAUUCGGGCUGACCGAAAAGAUAAUUUAUAUUAUAACACACAUAGACAAUAGGAAUAUUAAACGCGAAUAAAUAUCGUCGUCGGCAAAGGGUGUUGCAGCAGAGUAAUAAUAACGGAUAUAUACGCAAUGCGCAGUCCGGAACGUGCCUGAAACGACAAAAGCCCGUGUUAUUAUAAUAUUGUAGAGUUUCUGCAGACUUUGUGUAUAAUAACGUUAUAAUAUUAUAGAAAUAUUCUGUGUGUAAUGGUCGCCUAAAGGACCACUAUAGUAGACUUCGCAGCAGUUUUCGCACCCAAUUAUAUAUUCGCCAGACCGAGUCCGAUUUACAUUCAGGCCACAACACCGCACCCUCUCGUAAUAUGCAUAUACACACACACACAUAUAUAUAUAUAUAUAUAUAUAUAAACAGCUCUCUUGUCUACUACACAAUAAUAAUAAUAAUAAUAAUAACAAAUAAAAAGCGUUCAAUUGGAACGGGCCUGUCUGACGGACACGAAAAGGCUCGCCGUUGUCGCCGUCGUCGUUUUCGCUAACGACCGUGUCGAGACUGCCUUCCUAGCUACCUAUAUAUAUAUAUAUAUAUAUGUAUACACUGUACCAACUGCUAACGCCGUUAAAGGACACAAAACAAUAAUCGUGUCCAGUACUCCAGUGAAGAUGCUACUCAAAAUAAUGAUUGGUCUGCCUUCCGC